UAAUUGCAGUAACUCGUGCAAAAUAAAAUAAUCCUUCUUGACUUUAAGCCAAUUUAAUGGAUUAAUUGCAGUGAUAAAUUAUUUGGCGGUUAAUGUUGAUUUUCAAAAAUGAAUUUUACUUGAUAAAUGCAUUUAUUUAUCAACAGUAGUUCAAAUGACUCGCUUCUAAACUGGUGACAUCUGGGAAACAGCUGACUGAGACACCCCCAGCAUCAUGGCCGCUCCCAUUAAAUUGAAGCCGUUCAUGAUGAUAUUUACGCGGUGAAUUAAAGUGAUAUAAAAAGUAAAUUGAUUUUAAAGUACUCGAUAGUCGAACUAAAUUAUAAGCCAUUAAACUAUCAUAGUUAUUACGUUCAAGUGAUCGAAAAAUUAUUGUGCUUAGAGGUUAGAUUAUCGAUGAUCUGUUUUCUCCAUCACCAUAAUUUGACAGAUGCAAAUUGUUUUGAGUAUUUUGAAAGUAGUUUGGAGGAAUAAUUUAAUUUUUAGUAACAGGGACAUGAGACAAUGAUGCCGAUCAAGGAUAAUCAAGAUGUGGCUUGUUUCUUGGUCACGAAACAUUCGUGGAAAGGAAAAUAUAAACGUAUUUUUUCUAUUGGAUCAAUGGGGAUAACGACAUACAAUCCGAGUAAUUUAGAAGUAACAAACAAAUGGGAGUAUGCAGAUUUUAUCAGUGUACAACCGACAAAUAAAAAUCAACUUGGGCUUUAUGAGUUUAGUAUAACAAUGAAGAAAGACAGAAAAAUAGAUACAAUGAAAUUUAGCUCGGAGCAUAGAUCCCACUUGUUGACUGAAGCACUCAAAUAUAGGAAUCAAUUUGCUGAAAAGCCGAAAGAGAUAUUGAGGUAUCAAGCUUAUAAACAUCAUUGGUCAGAUACAAGAUUGCCGGUAGUAUUAGAAGUGACUCCUUACAGCUUGGACCAAUUAGAUCCUGCAACAAAUAUGCUUUUAGCAAGUUAUUAUUACAAAGAUAUUGAUGGAUUAGGAACUAUGAAAGAUUAUCAAGGUGGAUUUGUUAUAGUAAGCAGUGGGUUCGGCCGUUUACAUCUAUUCGCUUCGCAACACAUGGAAGAAAUCAAAAGAAAAAUCGUAGAUCUAGCUCAAGCCAAUCUUGGAAUUAAUAUUACGGUGCUCAAAGAAAAAAUUCCCAUGGAUGAAUUUAUGAUGCAACGAUUGGGAAGGUUUAGUAGUGAUGAGCAUAUCACAAGUGUUUCUGAAUUUACUGUACAUAAAAUUUCGUCCAGACAUUCCGAUCCACAGAGGAGAACUCUAUGCCUCUCGGAUACUUGUCUUCUUGAGAGAGAUCCACAGACUUAUAACAUUUGUACUCUUAGGCCGUUAUCAGAUAUUUUUGCUUUGGUCCGAGAUAAUACAAAUCCUCAAUUAUUUACAAUCCAAUAUCUUAAUGGACAGAUGCGUAGUUACAUGGCAACAGAUAGAGAUUCCCUGCUGGCAUCAUUACUAGAUGGAGUAAGAGCAUCAGGUAACAGGGAUGUUCACGUAAAAAUGACUCCUAUAGCAAGAGGUAAAAGACUUGGACCAUUAAAUCUUCCGGUCGAUGAAGAAGUUGAAAUUUCACAUGUGAAAUUCUUACAACAACCACCUGGCAAUCGGUUUUUUGCCGAAAUUCUCGAAAGAUUCAAUGCUAACAUUCCUUACAGUGGUCUUCAUUAUUCUGUUACUCAGGAUGGAUUAUUCACGGAAAACAAAGAUAAAAUAAUUCUGGGCGCCCUAAGUUCAUUAGUGAACCGUGAGUUGGAAACAAAUAUGGAAGUAGAAGCACAGUUUCAUGCAUUACGAAGAUUAGUUGCUAGUAAAGUUGGAUUCAUGGCUUUCACGACACUACCUGGUUUUCGGGAGGCAAUUGGGAAUAAAGUUGUUAAAGCUUUGAAACGACAGGAUUGUGGAGUUACUCAGGCUGCAAUUGAUUGCAUUUGUGCUCUCAUGCAGGCAAUGCAUGAUGACUGUGAUUUACGGCAGGAACAGCUAAAUAAAAGUAGCCUGCUUAGUAGUAAUAAGUUUCUGGAGAGUCUUCUAGAUAUGUGGAUUAAUCAUGUGAACCAUGGAACAGGCGCGCUGGUAGUGUCUGCCAUGUUAGAUUUAUUAACAUUUGCAUUGUGCGUUCCUUAUAGUGAAACAACCGACGGCAAACAUUUUGAUAAUCUGCUUGAGAUGGUGGCUGCUAGAGGCAGAUCGUUGUUUAAACUUUUCCAACACCCCUCGUUAGCUAUUGUUAAAGGCGCAGGUUUAAUUAUGAGAGCAAUUAUUGAAGAAGGUGCUCCAGAGGUUGCUGCUAAAAUGCAAGAACUUGCUUUGGCUGAGGGAGCUUUACCACGGCAUUUAUUGAACAGUUUGUUUACUGCUGGCAGUGAUGGGAGACUGUUAACUCAUAGACAAUUAUGCAGGCAUCUUGUUGGACUUUGGGUUACCGGUCAUCCCACAGCUAUGGGUUUAUUAAAAAGAAUUUUACCCAGUGGUUUGUUGACGUACCUUGACUCUCAGGAAAAAAUACCAGAUUCAUUUUUGGAAGAAGAGAGAUUAUAUAAUCGAGAUAAUUUAAAAAUAGCAAUUUAUCAUGCAUCAAAGAAUAAACCAGGAGCUCAAUGGGUGGCAAUGGAACGUUAUAUGCGUUUAAUAGAAAAGCAUGUUGAGAAUUCUUUACAGCAUUGGGGUGCACGUAUUGGAAUUGAAAGAAGAGAAAAAAUCAAAGAAAGACCAAUAGUUUUACGUAAAAGAAGAGAAAGAAUAAAGUCUGAAGCUAAUUGGAAAUUAUUUUACUAUAAAUUCAAUCAAGAUCAUGCAUUGCCUAAUCUUAUUUGGAAUCAUAAGACAAGAGAAGAGCUUCGUACUGCUCUUGAAAAUGAGAUUCGUGCAUUUUCUGCUGAUAAGGAUUUAUCUGGAGGAACUUUGAUUGCCUGGAAUCAUCGUGAGUUUGAAGUACAGUAUGUAUGCUUAUCAGAUGAGGUUAAAAUUGGAGAUUAUUAUUUGAGAUUAUUGCUUGAAAAAGAUUCACCUGAUAGUCCUAUUAGAAAAUCGUAUGAAUUUUUUAAUGAUUUAUAUCAUAGAUUUCUCUUAACUACUAAAGUAGACAUGAAGUGCCUUUGCUUACAAGCUAUGACUAUUGUUUACGGUCGGUACUUCGAAGACAUCGGCCCAUUUUCUGACACAAAGUACAUAGUAGGAAUGCUGGAACGAUGUACAGAUCGGACAGAACGUGAUCGAUUAGUGAUGUUUAUUCACAAAUUAAUCUUACACAGAAAAAAUGUCAAAGACAUAAUGGAUCAAAAUGGAGUUCGUGCUUUAGUUGAUUUAUUAACUUUAGCACAUUUACACAUAUCUCGUGCUGUGGUUCCAACGCAAACAAAUGUGAUAGAAGCAGGGCCAGAGCAAGAACGGGUUUUAGAAAAAGAAUGGUACUACAAUGAUGGAGAGCGUCGAAUAGGACCGAUAAGUUUAAACGAGUUGAAAGAUUUAUAUUCUUCAAAUAAAAUAAAUCAUAAAACCAAAGUUUGGGCUCAAGGAUUGGAUGGCUGGCGAAUGAUUUCUCAAGUUCCACAGUUGAAAUGGACUCUAGUUGCCAAAGGAACUCCAGUUCUUAAUGAAAGUGAACUAGCAACUCUUAUUCUAAAUAUUUUAAUACAAAUGUGUGAAUAUUUUCCAAGUAGAGACGCUGAUAAUGCUGUAGUUAGACCGCUUCCAAGAGUAAAAAGGCUUUUAUCAGAUCUUCAGUGUUUGCCGCAUGUUGUUCAACUUCUCCUUACGUUCGAUCCUGUUUUAGUUGAAAGAGUCGCAACCCUUUUAUGUGAAAUUAUGAAGGACAAUUCUGAAGUAUCAAAGAUCUAUCUAACGGGUGUCUUUUACUUUAUACUUAUGUAUACCGGUUCCAAUGUUUUACCUAUCGCCAGAUUUUUGCAGUUGACACAUACGAAGCAGGCAUUUCGUGGAGACGAUAAUACUCCAUCAGAUAUCAUGCAAAGAAGUAUUUUAGGCCAGCUUCUACCUGAUGCCAUGGUGAGUUAUCUAGAGAAUCAUGGAGCAGAAAAAUUCGCACAGAUUUUCUUGGGUGAUUUCGAUACUCCUGAAGCGAUUUGGAACGCGGAAAUGAGAAGAACUCUCAUUGAAAAAGUAGCGGCACACAUCGCUGAUUUUUCUCCACGACUGAGAAGCCAUACGAUGGCAAGAUAUCAGUAUAUUGCCAUUCCAGCUGUGAGGUAUCCACAGUUGGACAAAGAACUCUUCUGCCAGAUAUUUUAUCUCCGCCAUCUUUGUGAUACCGUUAAAUUUCCUAACUGGCCUAUACCAGAUCCAGUGCAUUUAUUGAAAGAUGUUUUAGAUGCUUGGAAGAAAGAGGUGGAGAAGAAGCCGCCGAUAAUGACUGUUGAUGAAGCUUACAAAGUCUUAGGUCUUCAGAGUGGAAGACAACACAAUGAAGCAGAUGUGAGAAAGUCCUACUAUAAAUUAGCACAAAAAUUCCAUCCUGAUAAGAACCCCGAAGGUAGAGAUAAAUUCGAAGCAGUAAACCAAGCUUACGAAUUUCUGUGUAGUAGAAGUUGUUGGACGACUGAUGGACCAAAUCCUGAUAAUAUAGUAUUGAUUCUUCGUACACAAAGUAUUUUGUUCCAUAGAUAUUCUGAUGAAUUAAAACCAUACAAAUAUGCCGGGUAUCCACAACUCAUAAAAACAAUAAAACUAGAAACUGAAGAUGAAAGAUUAUUUUCUAAGUCUGCGCCACUAUUGGCAGCAGCGAGUGAACUUGCUUAUCAUACAGUUCAUUGCUCUGCAUUGAAUGCUGAAGAAUUACGUAGGGAAGGAGGUCUAGAUGUAUUACUAGAAGCUUACAGUCGAUGUGUAUCUGUUUUGAAUAAUUCAAGCAAACCUGAUGAUGUUGCAGUUCAAGUUUGUACUCAUAUUACAAAAUGCUUUGCCGUGGCUGGCAGAUUUAGAGGCUGUAGAGAUAAAAUUGUUGAACUUCCCCAACUCAUUAAGGAUCUGUGUCGAAUUUUACACUUUAAACACUUGACGAAACUUUGCUCUGUGGCAACAGAAUGUGCUUCUUCUCUUGCGACAGACUCGGUGCUUCAAAUGCAACUUUUGCAGUCAGGAGCACUUUGGCAUUUACUUCUGUUUAUGUUUAAUUACGAUUAUACGUUGGAAGAAGGUGGAGUAGAACGGAAUCAAGACGAAAACCGUCAAGAAGUAGCUAAUAAUUUAGCGAAGCUUGCAGUGAAAGCUUGUGCAAGACUUGGUGGUUAUAUGACUGGAGAUAAUGAGACACCAGUUAAUCCAGUUACUGUUGCUGCUUUAGAGACCUUACUGACGCCUUAUUUAGCUCGACAACUUGCUAAAGAUAAACCAGAAGAAAUUUUGAAAACUUUAAACUCAAAUUGUUCGAAUCCUUAUCUUAUUUGGGAUAAUGGAACACGAGCUGAGUUGAAUGAGUAUUUGGAAACUAAACGUCAAGAAAAACUUUGUGGCAAUGGAACUUUAGAGCAUGACUUCAGUGAUUUUAAAUACAGUGCUCAUAGUAAUGAAUUAAUUAUUGGUGAAAUUUUCGUUAAAGUUUAUAAUGAACAACCAACGUUUCCAAUUGAAAAUCCUAAAAGUUUUACCAUUGAUUUACUUAACUUUUUAUUGAAAUCAUCAAAAUAUUUAUCAUCAUUAAAUAGCUUAACAUUAUCUAAAAAAGAUCAAGAAAGAUUAAAAACAAUUGUCAUGGCAUUAGAGGCAUUAAAAAAUGUAAUUCAAAAUAAUCCUGGAAUAGAAAUUCAAUGCAUCGGCCAUUUCAAUUUGCUAUUUAAUUUAUUGAGUUGCAAUAAUUUCAAGCCUAUUCAAAAAGGAGCUUUAGAAGUGAUAAAUAAUGUAACGAAAAAUCAUGAAUGUGUUAAUGAUAUUGCUGCUAAUGAGGUUGUAGUUCAUUUAUUACUAACUUUAAAUACUGUAAAAGAAUGCCAAUUAUUAUGUUUAGAAACCUUAUAUGCACUUAUGAGCACGACAAAAAUCGUAAAAGAUGCUUUAGCAAAAGGAGCUGUUGUUUAUGUUCUUGAUUUAUUUUGUAACUCUCCUAAUGUUCAAAUUCGUGAAACUGCCGCUGAACUUUUAGCCAAAAUGUCAGCUGAUAAAUUAGCAGGACCGAAAGUAAAACUAGAUUUAUCAAAGUUUCUUCCAAAAUUGUUUGGAGAAGCAAUUCGCGAUGCUCCUAAGCAAUGUGUUCAUAUGUUUGAGACAAAACACGAAAAUCCAGAAUUAGUUUGGGAUGAUGAAGCAAAAAAUCGUGUGUCAAGGAUAGUAUCAGAAUUAAAAGAUGAAUAUUAUUCUCUUCAAAGAAGAAAUCCUAAUGCAGUACUAAAAUUACCUGAGACUCAAAAUAAUUUUGAAACCGCAACAAAUGAACCAGUUGUUGGAGGAGUUUAUUUAAGGUUAUUCAUAGCAAGUCCUGCAUGGGCUCUUCGAAAGCCUAAGGAAUUUUUAAACGACUUAAUGGACACUACUUUGUCACUUAUGUCUCGAGAAAAUAUGGACACUGAUAUGUUAGAACUAACAACACAGGCUUUAGUGUGUUUACUUCAAGCUCAACCAGCGCUAGCAGAUCAAGUACCUUCUCUUGGACACAUUCCAAGGCUCUGCAGACAAAUGGCUAUAAGAAAUAGCCAGCCCUCUAUGUACAAAGCGGCAAUACUUAUUCUUCAUCAACUAGCCACAAGCGAAAUUUGUAUUAACUCGAUUUGUCAAACAGAUUGUAUCAGCCCAUUAAAACUCGCUAUGCAGUCAAGAAGAGAUAUGAUUGCUGUUGCAUGUGAGACAUUAAAUCGACUUUUCUCAACAAAUGAAGAUCGACUCAUUAAGCAGGCCCUUGAAGCAGAGAUGGUACCAUAUCUUUUGAACAUAUUAGAAGGUCGGCUUGACUUAAUUGAUAAUCCAGCUACAACAAAAGCUCAAAUUGUGAAAGCACUAAAAGCAAUGACUCGAAGUAUUCUUUUGGGAGAAAAAGUCAGUUCUAUUUUGGAAAAAUCACCUGUGUGGGCUGAGUACAAAGACCAAAAGCAUGAUUUAUUCAUUUCUAAUACUCCAACCAUGGGCUAUCUCACAGGAAUGCCAGUAUCUGCUGGAUAUUUAACAGCUGGACCGAGCGCACCUAUUCCUAGUGCACCACCACCAGUUCACAAGGAAGAUAGAAUCGGUAACAGACAUGAUCACAUAUGAUAGUCAGAGAAAAUGUGUUUACAAAAUAGAAUACGAUAGCAUCAAUAACAUGCUCAAGAACUUUCAUCUUCGUCUUCAGUUAAGUAAAAGAGGUUCGUCUGUGAUUUUUAUUAUUAUUUUAUCGAAGAUUCUCUUUUGUUAGAGAGAAUUAAAUGUAACUAUCAUCAUCUUUUUUGAUCAAACAAUUAACGAAUUGAUUUUGAAAGAUAUCCACACUCUCAGAAUGAACGAAUUUUUUAAGAAUAUUAGUUUUUUAUCAGUAGAAAAAUAUCUUUACAACUGCAUUGAAGAAGUGAUGUUUUUAUUAUUUUCUGAACUAUUCUAAAUAUCUCUGUACUUAGCAAUAAUUUUUAUUCUGUUGGAAAACUUCCUAUUUAA